CUGCCUGAGAUAGAUCGGCGGUUGUACCGAGCACUAUUUGGAAACCAGGCGUGCCCCGCCCACCGUGACCCAGGAAGUACUUCUUGAACCCGGAAGUGUAUGUUUGUACUAUUUGUGCAGAGAUUCUGGCGGGGAGUUUGAUGCAAACAUCGCGCUAGAAACGCUUCAAAACACCCGGUUAGGUUCACAGUUUCUCCCAGAGUGGAGGAGACAACCCCUGCAGUGUGCUCAAAGCUGUAAACCUUUAUAAAGAAGAUGUCAGGCCAGGACCUGGUGAGGCAGGAGCUCACCAACUUCAUGCAGACACAUCUGGGGGGAGGCAGUCUGGACUGUGUAGAUGAGAUUGUGCUGCAGUACAUGACUGGAGUGCUAGAGGACCUCGGGACACCAGACUCCUCAGAGGAUAGCUUUGAUGUGGACCAGUUUGUAGAGAUGAUGGAGGCCUACCAACCAGGGUUUGGGCAAAUCGACAGUGUCCAAGUGUGCGAGUGGAUGUUCAACUUGGCUGGAAAGCUGGCACAGGCAAGGGAAAAGGGUUCAACAAAGCCUUUGAAAACAAAACUGUCAACAAAAAGACCAGAGGCGGCCCAGGAUAACACAAGGCUAGAGAAGGAAAGAAGCCAGGACAAGCCAGAAGAAGCAGAGGAGGAAGACAGAGAGAGUCUAGAUGAGUUUGAGGAUCAGGUGCGACUCCUGUGUGAGAUGUUCCCCUCCUGUGCUAGUCUGGAGGCUAAACACUGCCUGGUGGUCGCUAACGGUGACAUGGAGCAUGCUGUACAACUGGUGAUGGAGAGACAACAGUCCGGGGAGUGUAUGCAGGCGUACCAACCAGGGAAAAAGAGACAGGCUCUCAGAAGCCAAGACGAAGGACACCUAAAGAAGGACAUUAUUGCUAAAUACUCAUAUGUAGAUGUUGAUGAUGAUAUGAGAGAACAUCGACCGAUAGCACCAAAAUCGGAACCCAAAAAGCUUGUACGCUACCUAAACAGCGAGGUAGUGAGUAAGAAGGGGGAACGCUACACCGAGGUCAAGUCUGCCGAGACCGAGGACAUGAAGAAGACUUACGUCAACCUGAAACCUGCGAGAAAGUACCGCUUUCACUGAUAUGGGUUACUUCAGAUGGUGUUCUGAUAGUUAGUAACAAUCUAUGGAAAGUUGGUGAAAGGAAACCAGGAUAAUAUGCUUCAGGGUUGUAGCCAGCCUGAAGUCAUUUUUCGUCUCCCCAACUGUGAAUCCCAUCUCGAAGGUGCGACAAUCCUAGGAGGUCCAGGGGCAUGCUUCUCCAGAAAAUUUUGGAAUCUAGACCCUCUAAAAUGCUAUUUCCUGCAUUUUGAGGUGUAAAUUUUGCUGGUAGACUAAGCUGUUCAACGGCAUCUGUUUUGGUAAAAAAAUUACACAAAGGAGACCGUUUUUUUAUAUGUUUACAUUAUCAAUUUUUGUCUGUCACAGAGCAAUUGGAAUGGGCAAAUUUUUUUUUCAUCCCCAGCUGCAAAAUUCUGUCAAAGGACUGAAGGACAGGCACUGGCUACAACCCUGCUGUGCUUGUUUUGACCUGAAGCAAAAACAAGUCAAUAUGCAACUCAUGCGGACUUAUAUAUAUAUAUAUGAUGUUUGACCACUCCCCAAGGUAAAGUCUUGGGGAGUGGUCAAAAGAAUUCCUUGAAUAGCUGAACAGCUCAAUGUUCAAAGAUAGGGUAACAAAUAAAACAGUAUUACUAUUACUUAUGCGUGGAUGAAGGUUAGAAAUCCAUGUAACAAAAUACACCAAAUAGCAGCAACUGGAUAUGAUUUUGGAAAACUGUCAGGAUUUUCAAGUAUUCUGAAAGUCAUGUCCAGUUGCUUGAAUAACUGG